AUGCCGCCGCGCAAGCGCCCGCUGGAACCUUCCUCAGGCAUGCCAGCCCAACCGGACGUCAAGCCCGCCAUAUCUCCGGCUUCCAAAUCCACCGACGCCCCUGCUCCGACCUCCACGCCGGAUGUUCAGCCCCCUGCCGCCAUCCUCAACAACCUCAAGGGGCCGGAGCGGGAGGUCUAUGAGCGCAUCUUCGCGGCGGGUAACAAGGGCAUGUCGAGCCAGGACCUCCGCUACGUGUUGAAGCUGACUGCCCCAACCCUCAACAAGCUCACCCGCGCCCUCGUCCAGCGGGGUAUCCUCAAGGAGGUCACGGACGUCCGCCCCCGCGGGAAGAAGGUCUUCAUGGACUUCAGCAUGGAACCCUCUCCGGAGAUCACCGGAGGAACCUGGUACCACAACGGUCAGCUCGAUACCGACACCGUGGCGGCCGUGCGCCGCAGGUGCCUCGACCAGAUUGACAGGCUCGGCGCUGCCACGCCGGACAUGGUCCACAAUGGCGUCGAGAGGGAAGACCCCAGCGGAGGGUACUCGAUCGACCAGAUCAGGGACAUCCUGCAGACCAUGGCGCUCGACAGGGUGCUCGAGGAGUGCAGGAGCACCGGGGAUGGAGAGUUCAGCGCGGUCAGAGCCGGGAGGGUGUGCUACCGGCGGGGUGGCGCGCCGCAAGGCGGCAUGAUAGAUGGGAUUCCAUGCGGGGUUUGUCCCAGGAUCGAUGAGUGCUCGCCGGAUGGGGUCAUCUCGCCGGUCACUUGUGUCUACUACAAGAAGUGGCUGCAGAUGGACUUCUAG